UUAGUUUCUAUGGUAACCUCUGAGUUUCGAAAGGGCGAAAAGCUUGUCCUGGAGUGACUAGCUCUUUUACAAAAUAUUGUCGUGUAAGAUUUUUUGCACCAAUAUACCAGUCUAAAUAUUGUAUUUGCUAAACAUCUAGUUCCAAACAGUUUUCAUAUUAGUUUUAGCCUUCAGCCAGUCUGAGUCCACUUUCAUCGGUAGGAUAUUUAACUAACGUUAGCAUUUCGUUUAGUUGUUACAGUACGUUAGUUUCGGUACAUUUUGACCAUGGAAAUCCCUGACUAUGAUAAUAAGGCAGCUCUGCAGCAGGUGAAUCAGUUUUGGUCGAUGUUAGAUGACAUGUCUCAGAAUAAUCCGGAGGAGUACAGGACCUUCAUUGAACGCCAGUUACGGGAAGGAGCGGAGAUUCACUCACCGCCGCAUCCGCACGCCUGCAUCCGCACUGCUCUGCUGGUACCAAAGGAAGGAAUAUUGUACAUUAACAUGUGCAGCUGGAAACGUGUUCCAGCGCCCACUUCUUACAGUGAUCCUGUUCCUGUGUGUGGAGGACGAUUGGAGACAGUGACUGAGGAGAAAGAGCAAUACAGUGUUGUUGAUGUGGCCUUCAACCCUGAGGUUCUGCAGAUGGCAGAGAAAGACAAAGAUGAGAAAGAGAAGCUUCACCUACUUGCUCUGAAUUUCAUCCAGCAGCAGCACAAUCUAAAUCUGUCCCAGCACUACAAACUCACCAAAGACCAAAUCAAAGGCAGAAUUCAAGAUAUGAAGCUGCGUCUCAUCGCACCACAGACAUGCAAAUCGUCUGCCAAAAGCCCACAAUGUGAACCAGCCCCAUCACUCCUGCAGCAGAUCUCCUCACUGCGGCUGGCUGAGAGUAAUGAGGACUCAACCAUCCAACUGAACAUAGAGCAGGAGAAUAAACCAGCCCGAUCAGGUCUCAUUGAAGUGAUUUCCAGCACAGAAUCAGAACAUUCGCAGUCACAACAACAACCCAAGCAUCAUCUCACAGUCUGUCCUGAUGGCAGUGGCUCAUCUAGGAGCCUGCAGCUGAGUGUUGAACUUCCUGGGGUGAGAUCUGUGUCACAGUGCCAGCUCAGCAUCUCUCAGGGUGAUAUUCUCCUGGAAGUAGAAGACCUUUAUUAUCUUCAUCUUCAUUUUCCUGAGUUGGUCAAGGAGGAGACAUGCACUGCAACGUUUCAUAAGAAGAAACAAAUUCUAAAUGUUACAGUUUCUGUGUUAUGAGAAGACAACUCUUAUUUAUCCAGAAACUGAGAAUAUAAACACUAUAUUUGUAUUACCGACUGUUGUCAAGAUCAUUAAUCAUGCAAUGAAAUUCACAGUUACAUCAAUAAUUAUACAGUAUGCAUCAUUUUUGGCUU